CACCAGACUUUGCGGAACAGCCCGUUUUGGACAGCGCUGCGAUAAAAAAGCGCGUACUUGCAUUGAUUUGCUUAGAGCUAGACCGCAACUGACGCGACUGACCCGACUAUGGACGAAGGCAAUAUAGAGCAAGAGUUGCUGAAGGCGCCCACGUCCACAGUGACCCACGUCCACAAGCUCCUGACCAAGAUAGCAACGAACCCCGACGAAAUUAAGUAUCGUAGGCUGAAGACGUCCUCGCGCCUCUUUCGCGAACGCUUCGGCGACGCGGGCGCCCUCCUCGGCGCGCUCGGCUUCGCCGCGGACGGCGACCUCUGCGCGCGCGAGGGCGCCGACGGCGUCGACGCCGCGCUGCGCCUCGUCGACGCGCGCCUGGCCAUGUCGGACGGCGAGGUGGAGCGGGCGCGGGGCCCGGCGCCGAUGGAGACGGACGACGACGACGACGACCUGGCCCGCGCCCUCGCCAUGUCGCGCGAGGCGGCGGCGCCGCCGGCGGCCGCGCCGCCGCCGCCGCCGGUGCCGGAGGCGCCCGCGCCGGACGCGAAGGCGCGCUUCCAGAAGCGCGUGGGCGAGAUCUUCGCGGAGCUGAUGGCGGCGGGCGGCACGACGCCGAACGACGCCGCCGCCGCGGCGCUGCGGCGGGCGACGGCCGAGCGCGCCGCGCCCCCGGCCGCGCCGGCGCCCGCGCCGGCCGCCGCGGCGCCGGCGCCGGCGCCGGCGGGCGCGACGUCGUUCAAGCGCCUGGAGGAGGGCGAGAAGGUCGCGGAGGAGACCAUGGGGGUCCUGAACGUCCUCUACCGCGAGGAGGGCAUCCAGUUCGUCGACCCGGGCUUCCCGCCCGCGGAGGCGAGCCUCUAUGCGGGCGGCGGCAACGACGGCGACUCGUGGCGCUGCGCGCAGUGCGGCGCGCGGAACGCCGUGCCGCCCGACGCGAACGGCCGCGAGGCCGUCCUCGCGCUCAUGCAGCGGCAGCGGCGGGGCGACCUCCCCCUGGUGCGGUGCGCGGCCUGCGGCCGGGAGCACCCCGUCCUCGAGGUGGCCAUGCGGCCGUCGGCCUGGCUGCGGCCGGGCGACCUGCGCGACGACGUCACGGGCCUCACGAGCGACGUGCCGUGGGAGGUCUUCCGGGGCGAGCCGCGCGCGGACGACAUCCGCCAGGGCGGCGUCGGCAACUGCUGGUACGUCUGCGCGCUGUCCAUCCUGGCCGAGGCGGCGCCGGAGACGCUCAAGAACUGCGUCGUCACGCGCGCGUACAACCCCGCGGGCGCCUACAAGCUGCGGCUCUGCCUCGCGGGCGAGUGGCGCACGCUGCUCGUGGACGACCUGCUGCCGUGCAACGCCCUCGAGAUGCUCGCCUACGUCCCCGCCCGCGCGGACGUCGCCGCGGCGCCCCGACCCAACCGCUUGGUUUCGACGCAGGUCAAGGCGGCGCGGCGGGCGCUCUGGGCGCCGCUCCUCGAGAAGGCCGCGGCCAAGCUCCACGGCUCGUACGAGGCGCUGGCGGGCGGCACCUUCGCCGAGGCCUUCCACACGCUGACGGGCUUCCCCGUCGACCAGGAGCGGCUCCACGGCUACACGCGCGACGGCGGCGCCUGGGCCGCGGCCGCGCGCGCGCGCGGCGCCGCCGCCGCAGGCGACGACGGGGCGGUCUUCCGCGAGGCCUUCGACAAGCGGUUCCCCGGCGGCGCCGACGAGGCCGAGGUCGAGUGCUUCGCGCGCGUCUUCAGCUUCUUCGAGAGCGGCUUCGCCGUCGGCGCCUCGACGUUCACGGACCCGGCGACGCCGUUCGGCCAGGAGAUGAAGGCCAAGGGGCUGCAGACGCGGCACGCGUACGGCCUGCUCGAGUGCCGCGUCUACGACGGCGAGCACCUCUUCAAGCUGCGGAACCCGAACGGCGUGGCCCUCUGGAAGGGCAAGUGGUCGCGCGAGGACGCGGAGCGCAUGACCUUCGCGGCGCGCAAGGCGCUGGGGCUCGACCGCGAGGACCCGGGCGUCUUCUGGAUGGCGGUCGACGACUUCCUGGCGUACUUCGUCGAGCUGACGGUGUGCCGCGUGCUGCGGGACCGCGUCGACGCGCGCGUCGGGGGCUGGCUCGGGAGCGCGUUCAACGGCGGGGAGUGCGUCGCGGUCGAGGCCUACGCGCGGACGCGGCUCGACGUCGCCCUCUACCAGGAGCCGCACGCCGUGCGCCAGGGCGAGGCCGGCGCGGCGACGGCGCUGGACCUCGGCUGCGUCGUCGUCAAGUGCGCCUCGCGCAGCGACCGCGCCGUCGCCGGCGACGACCCGCGGACGCACCGGCUCGUCGCGGCCGCGCCGCGCGUCGCGCACCGCGCCGGCGCGGCGUGCCACCUGACCCUCGAGCACGACGACGACCCUACUACGCGCUACCUAGUCGUGCCUCUGUGCUUCGGGCACCGACAUUCCGUCGAGCCGCGGCGGUUCCGAGCCGUCGUCCACAGCGACUUGGUCUGCGAGGUCGGCGUCGUGAGCUGCGAGCCCUCCGUCGUGGCGGCGGCGCUCGCGCAGAUUGCGGAGGACUCGGGCAAGCGCGCGCCGCUCCUCGAGGAUUCGCUCAAACGGCCCAUCGUCGAGAUUUUGACUAUCGAGGACGAAGCGGGCAUUGCCUUCGUCGCUGUCAACCAUGGUCCAAAUCCGGUAUUGAUCGGACUGGACGCGACCGAGAAGACUCGCGGCUUCGUCUCGUCGCGAGGGACCUCGCUUCUGUCCCAGGACGUAAUUCCGCCGCGCUCGCGCUGCUGUCUGGCCAUUCUUUCGCGAGAAUCGGGGACCGCACUCGACAGCAAGGUUUCCUUGGGCUGGGGUUUCUCGGGCGCUGUCCAGCCGCCGGGCACGCCCGAAGCCCACAUUCCAGAGCUAUCUCGCGACGGAGAUAUACACCUGUCUUUGCCGAUGGACGCGCCACGCGUCGGCGCCGGGGCGCUCGCGGAGGCCCUGGCCGCGGCGAUGGGCACCGCUCAGUAGGUAGUAGUAGUGUGUACUUCAAUCGAAAAGAAUAUAUGCGCGCCUGUCUUCGGACAUACCUAUACAAGUAUUUCACGAAAACCAUCGUGAUGAGACUGGUGCCCGGGCGCGGCUUUCGACAUUCGACGGUUUCGCGCGGCGGCCGCGCUUUGCCGGUUCGUCGGUGGCGGGUCGUACUUUCUUAAUAGCACACUUCCGUCUAAGAGAAUUGCCUCGACGCCACGGGCCACGGAAAAGUUAACCAAAACGCCGCAUAUCUAUUCCGACCUGAAACCCCCCCCUAGCUCUAUGCAUACCUCGAGGUACGCGGUCUCGAUCGAGGUCUAAACGCCUUCACGCAGCCUGCUGUAAAAUUGCAUUUGCAGCGUGUCAUCGUCAGUAGUCGCGAAACGAACAGCAGUCUCGGCGAAGCCAAUAACUACUAACUAAAGUGUUGCCACUGGGCCAGGUGGCAGAUCCCGACCCUCCGCUCGCCCCCGAAGCCAACAACACUCCAAAAAAAUGGCAGAGCAGGUAGCAGCCGCCGACGAAGCGGCGCUGGAAGCCCUCUGGACUGCUAAGGACGAGGCCGACUGCGAGACCUGGCGCGCGGCCAAGGUCAAAGCGUGGGAGGCUGGGGAAAAAAUCAAAGAAAAACAUCCGGAGCGCGCGGACCUCGACGCGUGGAUGGCGAAGCAGUGCGCGAAGACGAAGAGCCAGGCGCUGGCGGUGCGCGGCAACCCCAAGGUCUUCUUCGACGUGACGAUGGACGGCGAGGCGGCGGGCCGCAUCGUCAUGCAGCUGCGCAAGGACAUCGUGCCGAAGACGGCCGACAACUUCCGGCAGCUCUGCACGGGCGAGCCGGGCUACGGCUACAAGGGCUGCCCGUUCCACCGCGUCAUCCCCGGCUUCAUGUGCCAGGGCGGCGACUUCACGAACCAGAACGGCACGGGUGGCAAGUCGAUCUACGGCGAGAAGUUCGAGGACGAGAACUUCCGGCUGAAGCACACGGGCGCCGGCGUGCUGAGCAUGGCCAACGCGGGCCCCGGCACGAACGGGUCCCAGUUCUUCCUCUGCACGGCCAAGACGCCCUGGCUCGACGGCAAGCACGUCGUCUUCGGCAAGGUCGUCGAGGGCAUGGACGUCGUCGAGGCGAUCGAGAAGGUCGGCUCGCAGGGCGGCGAGACGUCGAAGAAGGUCGUCAUCGCGGCCUGCGGCGAGCUCGCGCUCGACGGCACGGAGAAGCCGGGGAGCUGGCCCGCCGCCGACGCGUGA